UAUAAGUUAAAGUACCGCGCCCGGCCCUCGUUGUGGCUUGCCAUCCAAGCGGUGAAUGAAAAAAAAACUAUAACCCCCUUUGAGAACAAUGAGUACAGUGUUUAUCUCCAUAGUCAUGCUGUGAAUUGUACGAAGGAGGCUUCUAGCCCUAAAAAAAAUGUUGAGGAUAUCAUGUCAUGGAUGAGAGUCUCUUGGAGCUCCAAUCAUUGUUUGAGUGCUCCUGACCUUCCAUGAUUUUACACUACGCAGAACGCAGAUCAUGAUCUUUGCCUUUCUACGUUAUCCUUUUUGUUUGUACUAGCUUUUCACUUUUAUUCGACAUUCAUAAGAUUUAUUAUCUGCCUCUUCUUAGCUUUGCCUUUGCUUGUUCGAUCUAGAUCCCCAACAACAUUAUCUUUGUUCCCUUCAUGUCGAACAAUAUCAAUAGUGGUGCUUCAUACAAGACCAGAACUUGAACUUCUUUGUGAUCUUAAUCGUCACAUGCCACAUUCGUAGUUCAAUUGUCGAGAUAUUUAUAGCGAGUGGUAAUUUUGUGAGAGAAGUUUGAGGUAAGAUCAACUUGAUUUCUUGUCCGUUUUCAUUAUUUUCUUAACUACGAAAUAUAGAUCUUUUGAAAAUGUACGCAAACGACCAACAACAACAGCAGCAGCAGGCUGCGCCCCCUGCUGGUUACAACUACCAGCAGCAACAGUAUCCGCCUGCUCCGGGUUACAACUACCAGCAGGAGCAGCCUGUUGUGAGCGUGGACGUGCCGGAGCAAACGUGGGCGCAUAAAGUUGCGCUAUACCAUAAUCCAGCCCUGGGUAUCGGGGUCGUGAUCCUCCUUAUCAAUUGUGGUUGUGCCUGCGCCAGUGGGUUGGGGGUCAUCACUUUCCUCACCAUCUUGAGACUGGUACUCUUGAUUCGAAUGCGAAUCCGAAUUUAGAACUAUUAUUAUCGUACUAGCCUUCAUCACAAGCUUCGCCCGGCUUCAAGUUUAGCACUUUUCUGCCUCCCACGGGGUACAGCCGCUGGAGUAGAGACAGCCCGCUGGUGGGCUGUUGCGCUCUACGAACUGACUACGAAACGAGCCGAGUGCCGGCGCUGGCCGACUCAGAUGCGUCGACUCUUGGGCAGAGGAUUGCGCUGCCUUCGGUUUUUUUAUGGGAUUGCCGGGCGGGGUCAUGCAAAUGCUCAAGAAUUUGCAAGACCGCCACGGCAGUCCAACAAAAUUGUGAAAAAAACCAGAAGAGAGCCACCGGACACGCACAAGAGUCCGCAGGCCCCAACGCGCGCAAACGCCUCGCAGUGGCACCAGGCAAGAACGAGGGGCGACCUUGACGGGCCAAACAAGAAAGAGCAGCGCUUGGCCGCGCUGCUUGGGUCUCUCUAUGCGCCUAAAGCUGGCGCUAGUGGGCCUUCUUCCUUGCUUAGCCUGGCGUCUUUGGUCAGAAACAGAAGGGCACACUUCGCGGGAGCGUGGAGCGUCGCUGAAGGGCGACGGCGCUCGCCCGGCUGACGUCUUUCGUCUGGCUGGCGUCUUUCGUCUGGCUGACGUCUUUCGUCUGGCUGACAGCUUUCGCCAGGAAGGGGACUGGGACUCACGGUUUUCUUUCGUCAGACUGAUGCCUUUCGUCAGGCCAGCGCUUUGCGUCUGACUGUCGGACCGACGGCCUUCGCCGGGCAGGCCGGCGCCCUUCAGCAGACGCCCUGGGUCAGGCUGAGGCCUUUCGUCGGGUCGACGUGUCUCUCGCCAGGCUGGCGCCUUUCGUCUGACUGAAGCGCUUCGCCUGGCUGGCGUCUUCUGCUGGGCCAAGGCUGACCACGCCUUUGGUAGGUCAGGUCCGUACAUGGCUUUUUUCAGCUUGGCGCCCGCUUUUCGUCAGGCUGAUGCACUGCCACUGACCAGCCCAGGCGACGCCCCUCGCCAGACCGGCUCACUACUUCGCCAGGCGGAGGCGUCUGCCUUGCGUCGGAACAGCUUGAGCCAGGGGAGCCCUUCUUGGGGGUGUGGAUGUCUUUCGUCAGAUUGAAGCCGAUCGUCGGACUGACGUCUUGCGCCGGGCUGACCUCUUUCGUCGGACUGGUGUCUUUCUUCAGAGGUCUUCUCGAUCGUUCAGGGCCUUUCGCCGCAGGUCUUUCGCCAGUUUUUUUUGCCAAUCAGUCAAAGGCUUUUCGCCACAGGUGACAGGUCUGUCGUCGCGGGUCUCUUGUCAGCGGUCGCUCUCUCUCUUUAUCAACGGUCUGCUGCGUCAAAUUCUGCCAAAGGUCUUCCGUCGAAGGGCUUUUGUCAAAGGUCUUGGCUUUUGUCAAUGGUCUUUCGUCCAAGGGCUUUGGUCCGAGGUCUUUUCUCGGAGGUCUUUUCUCGGAGGUCUUUCGUCCGAAGUCUUUCGUAAAAAAGAGAUCUUUGCCAAAGGUCCUCUGUCGAAGGUCUGCCGCCACAGGUCUUUCGCCAAGGCCAAAGGUCUUUCGGUUUCGCCAAAGGUCUCUUGCUGAAGGUCUCUCGUCCGAGGCCUUUCGUCAAGUGUUUCUCUUCGGCCUUCUCGUUCUCUCCCCAGAUUGCGCCACUACCCCCGUCGGGAAUUUUUCUGGCUUCGUUUCUGGUAGUCUGCCACGGGGCCGCGUCGAAUUUCCAACAUGAAAACGGUCAGAGACUAUCGAAGUUCGAGACUGAGGGGAAGGGGCCGGAGGCUAUCGGCGAUAGCCUCGCGGAAGAGGCUGACUUAUCCCCGGUGGGGUAGCUGGGGAGUUUUGUGGCGGUGAUCAGUGGGCUGAUGAAUAUAGCUUAAUGCCAUUUUUUUUGCAAUGUUUGACUUUGAGCAAUAUCGCCUUAUAAUAGUUAUGAUAGUUAGUACGUAGAUAAUAUUAUUAAUUUAAGACUUAACGGCUCCACACUUUCCCGGCCGUUGCUUCGGCGACACACUGUUGGAACUGCUUUGUCGCGCCAUUGUUGGGGUAGCCGUACUACAUGGGACACCGUGUUGAAGAUCAUGCAUGAUAUAUUAAAGCAGAUCCACAUGAUUGAUAGAUCAUCAAAUGAUGAUAUGGGGACUCGAUGUAAAGCAUCCACGACCUAAAAUUCGCAUCAAAAGCAUUUUUAGUCGCGUAAAUCAUCCAAGAAACGAAAAUGUACUGUAUGCGUAAAAUGAUGACUUCUUUGUCCAUAUUAAAAACUACAUUUUCGAGCUAGUUGAAAUUCGUUAUUCAUUAUAUAUUUUUUUGCCGGGGGCACCUACAGACCCUGCCACUGGCACUGGUCCUGGUGCGCGUGCGUUUGCGCUAUCUGCUUCUGUUAGUCUUAUGAUGUUAGGACCAGGAAGAAUGAGAAUUAAAAUUAUGAUUAUGUAUACGACAAGCAAAAUUGUGUACUGCUAUCUUUACUUUUUUAGUUAUUGCUGAAGCCGAACUCUCUACAUUUAUAAUUUGUUUUAGCUACAGCUUUUGCUAGCUGAAGCUAUGUCAACACAACUACUUAGUACUUUAAUAUCUGGUUCGGAAUCACAUUCUUGAUUCUUUUUCAAUCACGUCAGGUUUUGGCGAGCGUGGCUGUUGUGGCAACAUUUAUGGUUGUCGGGAAUGUUGGUGAAAUUUGUCGGGGUCCUAGACCUUUAUAUGGCGGUACGGGGUCGGAAAAGAUCUGGCCCUUUGUCGCUAUGGGGACUUCUUUGGUUCUUUGGAUUCUGUCUUUCAGUUUCAGCAUGUACGCUGUGAGCAAAGGCGGAGCCGCGCUUUUCGAGUCUGGUCUUGCCUCUACCUCGUGGUAUUCAAUAUGAAUUCAGAACUCUUUCCCCGUCGUUUUUGAUAAUGAUGAUGAUGAGGAGUAUGAAUAAAACAAAUAUGUCCACCACCGCAUCAGCAUCACCAGCACUCGUGUUACUAUGAUAGUUUCUCCGUAAGUGGUCGCCAUUCCGCCUUCCACUUCAAUUUGUGCCACAAAAGCAUGAAAUUAAAAAAUAGUGCAGCGAACUACCAAUAGUGUGUUUUCUACUCCUAGCUGCAGCUGGUUGAUCAGGUUACUUAUAUUAGAAGGCGACGCCAACUAGUAUACAUUUCGGUCUCGUGGUCCAAAAAUACUCAGAUUUUCAAGUGUUGAGUUGGUGGUGUUACGUUUUCCCUCAUUCUAAGAAAUCCUAUCAACGUGCGACAACACACAGGUUCUUCGACCUCCUUUUUGUUUUCGCUCCUGCACUCUCGAUUUUCAUCGGAUUGCUUUUUGCCUACAUUUACGAGCGCUCGGCGAAGACGGAGCCGCUUCAGCAACCCAUGACCGCUCCCCAGCCAGGAUAUGGAACAGUCUAACGCUGCUGAUCGCGAAGGAUAGGAGGUUCAGGGUUACUGUUGUACAAUCAACUAAUAUGCCGGUAACCUCUCCGAGCACAGGUACCGGACAGCCAGGUGGAGAUCAAGAUUUAUAUCGAUUCUCACACUAUAUACUUGGAAGAUGUGGAGGAGCAGGAGGAGGAUGUGAUAAUGAACAAGAAGAACAUGCUGGAAACAAGUUCAAGAAGAAGUUAAAAUAUCAUGUAAACGUUGACCUGGUAGUUGGUUGUAAUAUCACAGCAGGACAGAUGCAGGACCAGAGAGCUAGCAUGGUGGGACUAGGUGUGCAUGUUUGCACGUUCUUAGCAUAGCAAAGCUAGCCGAAUGCAAAGACAAGGAUUUGUUUGCCGAUAUUGUUUACUCAGUAGAUUCAAAUAGGCAUAAAAUAACGAUAAUAUUGAAAAACACCAUCUUGAAGAUGACAUGCCAUGUAGUGAAGAUAAUAUUGAUUCUAGUAAUGAUAUAAAGUAGAGCAGCAUUUUAGAUCAAGACCACAGAUGAUCGCAACGUGAGGCUUUACCGGUUCGGGAAAUUGAUUGAAGUUAAAAGUUUUUGUGGUAACACUAACAAACGUUUUUUCCUAACAUUAGGUUGCAGGGUUGCACGCGCCUACAGUCAGCGUUGCGUUUCAUCAUCAUUACGAUUAUCUGACUGAUUGUGAUCAUUAUUUUUAUUCAAUUAUGUAAUGUUAUAUGUUGCUUGUGGUGUUUGUGUUACUAGUAACUUAGACCGCCUGCCGUCGGAUCGCCUUCAAUCCCGACUAUGUCAUGGAGUCAAAAUUGUAUUUAUAGAUGUGUAGCGGUGAUGAACUAACUCUAACUCCUUACUUUGCAGCGCGUCGAUUCUUCAACAUACGUAGAGUAUCAUAGACUACGUUAAUUCUUGAUUUAUGUGCGACAACAAUUGAAUCAAACAAGACGCCAGAGGCAGAGAGUAAGCAACAGACAGGAAGUAGAACGAGAUGAGCAGGAGCCUUGAUUUAGUCAUUAUUUCGCCUACUUUAAGUUUAAGAGAAACCGCCAAGGACAGAGACACUCCGAAGACUCGCAUGGGCCUCAUGGUGUUCAAAUUCGGACAGCCAGAGAAUAAGGCGUGGCUUUAUUUUCCUAGGCCAUUGGUUU